GUAAAUAUGUUCUCAUGCAACGCCAUUUUCCUCUCACCUUCCAUAAAUUCUUGCGACCACGUCACUCGCCACUGCCGUGUAAUGAUGCCCACAUCGGCGAUGUUUCGUGUUCUUAUAGACAUUUUCACAGACACAAGCAACUCACAAAUUUGCUUCAAAGUUUAAGGCCCCUUUUGAUCUUUCUCUUGUUCUCUCUGUAGAAUUUCUAGUAUGGGCUCGUUAUCUGCAGUUUAUGAGCAGAUUAAGUACCCUUCUGCUCGACGUGAUGAAGAUGUUGUUGAUGAUUAUCACGGUGUAUUGAUUCCUGACCCUUACCGAUGGCUUGAAGAUCCAGAUUCAGAGGAAACCAGGGAGUUUGUGGAAAAGCAGGUGGAAUUAACAGAUUCCGUGCUUAAAACAUGUGAAACGAGGGAAAAGCUGCGCCAAAAAGUUACUGAAAUGUUUAAUUUUCCGAAGUAUGAUACUCCAUUUAGGGCCGGUGAUAAGUUCUUUUACUUCCAUAACUCCGGUUUACAACCACAAAAAGUCCUAUACGUUCAGGAUAGUUUGGAUGGACAACCAGAGAUUUUGCUUGAUCCAAAUACACUAAGUCAGGAUGGCACUGUGUCAUUGAGUAUGUGUUCAGCUAGUGAGGAUGCCAAGUACUUGGCCUAUGGCAUUAGUUCGAGCGGAAGCGAUUGGGUUACCAUUAAAGUUAUGCGGAUUGAGGACAAGAGUGCUGAGCCUGAUACUGUUUCAUGGGUGAAGUUUUCUAGUAUUAGUUGGACACAUGAUAGCAAAGGUUUUUUCUAUAGCCGUUAUCCAGCUCCGAAGGAUGGAGCAAAGUUGGAUGCUGGGACAGAGACGAGUGUUAAUCUACACCAUGAGCUGUAUUAUCAUUUUUUAGGCACGGAUCAGUCUGAAGAUAUCUUAUGUUGGAAUGAUCCUGACCAUCCUAAACAUACACGCACAGCAUCAGUGACCGAAGAUGGGAAGUAUGUUCUCUUAUACACUUUUCGAAAUUGUGAUCCUGUCAAUAAAAUUUAUUAUUGUGACCUAUCAAGAUUAUCUAAUGGGCUGGAAGGUUUAAAGGGCCAAAAAGAACUGCUUCCCUUUGUCAAGCUUGUUGAUAAUUUUGAUGCUUCUUAUGAUCACGUUGCAAAUGAUGACACCAUUUUCACAUUUCGGACUAAUAAAAGUGCUCCAAAAUACAAGCUGGUCCGAGUUGAUCUGAAUGAUCCCAGCUUGUGGACUGAGGUCCUCAAUGAAAAUGAGAAAGAUGUGCUUGAAUCAGCUGUGGCCGUCAAUGGAAAUCAAAUGGUUGUGAAUUAUUUGAGCGAUGUAAAGAAUGUUUUGCAGUUAAGGGACUUGAAAACAGGUACACUGCUGCAUCAUCUACCAAUUGAAAUCGGAACAGUAUCUAGUAUUUCUGGUCGACGCAAGGACAGUAUCUUCUUUACUGGGUAUACGAGCUUCCUUAUUCCUGGUAUCAUAUAUAUAUGCAACCUAGACGCUGUGGUCCCAGAUUUGAAAAUAUUCCGAGAAAUUUCUGUGCCUGGAUUUGACCGGACAGAGUUCGAAGUCAAUCAGGUUUUUGUGCCCAGUAAAGAUGGCACCCGGAUACCAAUGUUUAUAGUCGCCAGAAAGGAUAUUUGCCUGGAUCAGUCUCAUCCUUGUUUAUUGUAUGGAUAUGGUGGUUUUAGUGCCAGUCUUACACCAUAUUUUUCUGUGAGCCGUAUUGUGAUAGCAAGACAUUUAGAUAUUGUCUUCUGCAUAGCAAACAUUCGUGGCGGUGGAGAAUAUGGAGAAGAGUGGCAUAAAGCAGGCGCGCUUGCUAAAAAGCAAAAUUGCUUUGAUGACUUCAUUUCUGCUUCUGAAUAUCUCGUCUCUGCUGGUUAUACCCAACCCAAAAAGUUGUGUAUUGAAGGUGGAAGCAAUGGCGGGCUUCUUAUUGGAGCGUGCAUCAAUCAGAGACCCAAUCUUUUUGGCUGUGCUCUUGCUCAUGUUGGUGUUAUGGACAUGCUAAGGUUCCACAAAUUCACAAUAGGCCAUGCAUGGACAUCUGACUUUGGCUGUUCAGAGAAUGAGGAAGAGUUCGAUUGGCUAAUCAAGUACUCGCCCCUGCAUAAUGUCAAGAGACCAUGGGAUGAUUCUGCUGAUAAGGUCACUCAGUAUCCAUCCACCAUGUUAUUGACAGCCGAUCAUGAUGACCGGGUUGUGCCACUACACUCUUUGAAGUUACUGGCAACCAUGCAAUAUAUUCUAUGCACAAGCUUAGAGAUAAGUCCUCAAACGAACCCGAUUGUCAGUCGCAUAGAACGGAAGGCGGGGCAUGGAUGUGGACGUCCAACGCAGAAAUUGAUUGACGAAGCUGCGGACAGAUAUGGGUUCAUGGCAAAGAUGCUGGACGCAUCCUGGAUUGAUUAGAAAUGCUAAUGACACUGAAUGAGCUUGCUUUUGGAUUGCAGUUUUGGCAGGGUCAGGUUAUGUUAGAGUAGAUGGUGUCCUUUUUCAGGGUGCACAGGGUCCUGUAACUAGUACAAUAAAUAAGAUUUUAGGUUAUUUUCUUUUCAAAAUGUCGUUGAAUACUGUAUAAUCUAUUAUUACCGAACAUGUCAUAAAUGUUCUAUAUUGACUUGUACCAUUCACCAAAUAUCAACUUACGGAAAGGGUAGAAGAAUGGACCUAUCAAGGGACAUUCGAUGUACCAUGUAAAUUGUUUUAAUGUGUCUUUUGGAAUGGACAAAGUUUUCUUGAUC